UUUAUAUUUAUAUGAAUGUAUAUAUAAUAUUCAUAAGAGUAUUCGGCGAUGCUCCCAUCAUAAAUGUUAUUGAUCUUAGUCUUAAGAAUAGUACAAUGUUGAAAUCAAUACGAUGGCGUGAACACGGGCUGGAACCUCCCGCCCGGUUGCAGUGGAGGGAGAAUACCAGACGAUCAUUCGCUGCUGAAUUGAGUACUAAUUUUGAGUUUGAACGCGUUCACUCUGCGGCCGUUACUUCCAUAGACAUCGAUGUCUCGGAAGCUCGAUACCUGCUAUCGGCUUCUACGAAUGGAGCGGUAGCGAUCCAUGAUGUAAUGGAUGCUAAGCCUGAGCCGCUUAGCUACCAUGAUGCUCAACCAGCGCAGCACACACCGAGACCAGCAAUAGCUCCCGUGAUUGCGAAGUUAUCUGACGCACAUGCCUUUAGUAUUGGACGGGCACAAUGGUACCCAGUGGAUACGGGUCUGUUCACUACCAGCGGGUUUGACCAUCUCCUGAAAGUAUGGGAUACAAACGCUAUGGAAUGCGUCACAACCUUUGAUCUGAAGGAUAGAGUGUUCACUCACGCCCUACCUACCAAUGCCACGGGUCAUUGUCUGAUGGCCACUGCCACGGCGGGCAGCAGUAUCCGAUUGUGUGAUAUGCGUUCGGGAGGGUAUACACACACUUUACAAGGUCACAACGAUAGCGUUCUGUCUGUGGUUUGGUCGCCGAGGGAUCAAUAUACACUUGUCAGCGGUGGCAGGGACCAUCGUCUGCUUAUGUGGGAUAUAAGAUCAGCUAAGAGUUUGUUGGGUGCUCUGGACCAGUAUAACAGCAGCGGCUCCUCCGAUGCAACGGGCCGCCAUACCGCGCACAAUGGAGGAGUGAAUGCAGUCACCUUCACUCCUGAUGCACUUUAUAUUCUCAGCUCAGGGAGGGACAACCGUAUGCGACUGUGGGAUCAAUUCACGGGACUAAACACGCUCAACAAUUAUGCGGCGAUUGAGAACACUAGUCGUACCACAGCUCAGGUGGCCGUAUCCCUACAUUCUGAGAGGCCUAUCGUAUACCACCCCACUGGUCACGACAUAGCUCUGUAUGAGUUGUAUACGGCAAAGCGCGUACACACGUUGACGGGUCAUUUCGGGCGAGUCAAUACAAUCGCCUGUCACCCGAGCGAGCCUUUAGUGUACAGUGGAGGGCACGAUCAUGAGAUUCUCUGUUGGAGUCCGGGCACGGACGAGAGGCGCCGCAGGGCUGCAUUAGUAGAUGACAAGGGAACGUUCAGCGAACACAAAACUGCAGACGCGUCCGACUUCCAGCUGGAUGUCGGUGGGGAGACAAGGCGGCCAGAACUGGACACGUGGAGCGACGAGGAUUAAAAAAGAUUGGAAGAAAAAAUAGUAGUAAUUA